CCUUUGUGAGCUAGUACGUCACUUCCUGUCUUCUGAGAUAAAGGCGGCCCGGCGGAGUCCCCGCGGCUGAAUUUUUAGGGUUUGUUCGGUGAAUCCGGGGGGAUCGGAGCCAUCAGAACCGCAAACAUGACGGUGGGUAAGAGCAGUAAGAUGCUGCAGCACAUCGACUUCAGGAUGAGGUGCAUCCUGCAGGACGGUCGCAUCUUCAUUGGGACCUUUAAGGCCUUCGACAAACACAUGAACCUGAUCCUGUGCGACUGCGACGAGUUCAGGAAGAUCAAGCCAAAGAACUCGAAGCAGCCAGAGCGAGAGGAGAAGAGGGUCCUGGGUCUGGUCCUGCUGAGGGGGGAGAACCUGGUCUCAAUGACAGUGGAGGGUCCGCCCCCAAAAGACACGGGGAUCGCCCGGGUGCCACUGGCAGGCGUGGCUGGGGGUCCAGGCGUGGGUCGAGCAGCGGGUCGUGGUGUUCCAGCCGGCGCUCCGAUGCCUCAGGCUCCUGCAGGUCUGGCAGGACCGGUUAGAGGAGUGGGCGGGCCUUCACAGCAGGUCAUGACCCCUCAGGGUAGAGGGACAGUUGCAGCAGCAGCAGCCGGAGCCAGCAUCGCAGGAGCGCCUACCCAGUAUCCACCUGGACGAGGAGCCCCGCCCCCAAUGGGCCGUGGAGCCCCGCCCCCUGGUAUGAUGGGUCCGCCCCCUGGCAUGCGGCCCCCGAUGGGUCCUCCAAUGGGGAUGCCUCCAGGUCGUGGUGCACCGAUGGGGAUGCCCCCUCCUGGCAUGAGGCCGCCACCCCCUGGCAUGAGAGGACCGCCCCCUCCAGGGAUGAGACCACCCCCUCGGCCCUGAGGAACCUCAGCCUCGCCUGUUGUAUAGAUAGUUUUUUUUAUGUUUUGUGUUUUUUUUAAUAAAGUGUCUUCAGGACGUUUCGAUUUCA